GGUGUCUAGCAGGUAAUGUGGUGUGUGGAAGGGAGGAGCUGAGAAAAGACAACAGAAGAGAGGGAUGUUUAGGAAGUAAGAUUGAGUCCAGGGUACCAACAAGAAAGCAUGGCCUUCCUCAGGACUCUUUGUGUGGUGACCAUAAUGGUGACAUUCCUGUCAAAAGGCUCUCAUUCACAGCUGAGUGUGUGCGGAACACCUCCUCUUAACACUAGGAUCGUGGGGGGUCAGGAUGCUCCUGCAGGGAGUUGGCCAUGGCAGGCCAGUCUUCACAGAUUAGGCAGCCAUUUUUGUGGGGGAUCCCUCAUCAAUAAAGAGUGGGUGUUGACUGCUGCUCACUGCUUUUCCAGUACCAGUACAUCAAAUUUGCUGGUCUACUUGGGUCGUCUGAGCCAGCAGGGCUCCAACCCCAACGAGGUGAACCGGACAGUCACUCAGAUCAUCCGCCACCCCAACUACACCAAAAGUACCAGAGACAACGACAUGUGCCUACUGAAGCUCUCCUCAACUGUAAAUUUUACAAACUUCAUCAUGCCAGUCUGCCUAGCUGCACCAGGCAGCUCCUUCCAUGCUGGGGCUACUAGCUGGGUCACCGGCUGGGGCAGCAUCAGCAGUGGAGUGUCCCUGCCCUCACCACAGACCCUACAGGAAGUGGAUGUGCCAGUAGUGGGGAACAGGCAGUGUAACUGUAACAAUGGAGUUGGUUCCAUCACUGACAACAUGAUCUGUGCUGGUCUAUCAGCAGGAGGAAAGGAUUCCUGUCAGGGGGACUCAGGAGGUCCAAUGGUGAGCAAACAGGGUACUCGCUGGAUCCAGUCUGGCGUUGUGAGUUUUGGCAACGGGUGUGCCCAGGCAAAUCUCCCAGGAGUGUACGCAAGAGUGUCUCAGUACCAGACUUGGAUCAACACCCAGAUCACCAGUGACCAGCCAGGCUACGUCACCUUCUCCUCCAGUGGGACUGAUUCUGACCUCAGUGUCUCCUGUACUGGUCUUCCAGCCCCAGCCACCACCACAACUGCACCUACGACCACCACUACCACUACAACUGCCUCUGCGACCACCACUACAACCAAAACUGCCCUUGCGACCACAGCUGCCCCUACAACCACUACCACCAAAGCUGCCCCUAGGGCCACAACUACAACCACAACUGCCCUUGUGACCAAAGCUUCCUCUACGACCACCACAACAGCUUCAUCCAUUACGACCACAGUUUCCCCUACCACCACAACUAUGACCACAACUGCCCAUAUGACCACCACUAGCACCAUAACCACAACUACCCCUAAAACCACUCCUGAACCUGUGGUGUGCGGCAGUGCCUCUUUGAACUCCCUCCCUUUGAACCUGGCCCUGGAUAGCCAGUCUGCAGACAAACGGAACACACGUCUGUGGGGGCACAAUGGUGGCAGAGGACUAUGUCAUGAGCGAUGCUGGGUGCUUCUCCAGUCAGUCCGACGCCUCUCAGUGGACCGUGAUCAUGGGUCGUCUGAAGCAGAACGGCUCCAACCCCAACGAGGUAACCCUGAAAGUCAUCAACAUCACCAUGAGCAACUUGACGGAGAACAACGUGGCAAUCCUCCGACUGGCCAGCCAACCCACAUUGUCUGACUACAUCCAGCCUAUCUGUGUGGACCAGGGAAGCAGCACCUUCAGCAUAGGGACUCAGUGCUGGGUGGCUGGCUGGGGCAGGGGCCAGGGUGGAGGUGAGUCAGUGUGUAAUACUGGAACAGACUAACACUUCUGGCAUGCCUCUGAAACUAAGCAGGGUUGGUACUGGUUGGACCCUGGAUGGGAGACCAGAUGCUGCUGGAAGUGGUGUUGGAGGGCCAGUAGGAGGCACUCUUUCCUCUGGUCAUAAGAAAAGAACAUCCCAAUGCCCCAGGGCAGUGUUUCGGGACAUUUCCCUGUGUAUGGUGCUGUCUCUUGGAUGGGACGUUAAACAAGUCUCCUGACUCUCUGUGGUCACUAAAGAUCCCAUGGCACAUUCCUGCCUGUCUAGCAUCACUACUCUGGAUGGUUCUGACUUAGAAUAUGUGGACAAAUACCUAGGUAUCUGGCUAGACUGUAAACUCUCCUUCCAGACUCACAACAAACAUCUCCAAUCCAAAGUUACAUCUAGAAUUUGCUUCCUAUUUCGCAACAAAGCAUCUUUCACUCAUGCUGCCAAACAUACCCUCGUAAAACUGACCAUCCUACUGAUCCUCGACUUCGGCGAUGUCAUUUACAAAAUAGCCUCCAAUACCCUACUCAAUAAAAUGGAUGCAGUCUAUCACAGUGCCAUCCGUUUUGUCACCAAAGCCCCAUAUACUACCCACCACUGCGACCUGUA